AUGAAGCAAGGCAUCUUUGGUGAGAUUGUUGGAUACCUUGAGCGCCAGUACGAUGAUAUCCUUGCCGAAGAAUCACGAAUCAAGCGAAACCCCCGCUUCAGGGACAACCGUGUCCACGUCCUUUUGUACUUCAUCACACCCACUGGCCAUGGCCUCCGUGAGCUGGAUAUCGAAUUGAUGAAGCGUCUUUCGCCUCGUGUCAACGUCAUUCCCGUCAUUGGAAAGGCUGACUCCCUCACUCCUGCAGAACUGGCCGAGUCCAAGAAGCUGAUCAUGGAGGAUAUCGAGCAUUACCGCAUCCCCGUCUAUAACUUCCCUUACGACAUUGAGGAGGAUGACGAGGAUACCGUGGAAGAGAACGCUGAACUACGUGGGCUUAUGCCGUUUGCCAUCGUUGGCUCUGAUGACUUCGUGGAAAUCGAUGGCCGGAAAGUACGAGCCAGGCAAUAUCCUUGGGGAGUUGUUGAGGUUGAAAACCCUCGCCACUCUGAUUUCUUGGCCAUCCGAAGUGCUCUUCUUCACAGCCACCUUGCGGAUCUGAAGGAGAUCACCCAUGACUUCCUUUAUGAAAACUAUCGUACCGAGAAGCUCAGUAAGAGCGUUGACGGUGCCACUCCUACCCAAGAUUCGUCGAUGAACCCAGAAGACCUAGCAUCCCAGUCCGUCCGCCUGAAGGAGGAACAACUCCGUCGUGAGGAGGAGAAACUCCGCGAGAUCGAACUCCGGGUGCAGCGUGAGAUUGCUGAGAAGCGCCAGGAAUUGUUGGCUCGUGAGAGCCAGCUGAGGGAGAUCGAGGCUCGUAUGGCACGCGAGUCCAGCAGCCAGGACGUCGCCAAUGGUGAUGCUUAA